AUGAACCAUCCAAGCAGCCUUCCAGAGUCGAAAGUCAACCCAGUCUCGAGCCAGCCGGCCAUCCUGACGACCACCAACACGUUCCGAGGCGCGAAUGAGUCGACGAGGAUGGACGAAGCGGUGGACCCGUUCGUGACGAACACGCUCGAGGGGGUGCCGGAGUUCGUGCUGGAGUAUGCCCCGCUGGUCCAUCUGAACUCGAAGGAGCCGUUCUGGCCGGCAAGCUUAGAGGAGCAUCUCCGCCACACCAUUCUCCACGAGCCCGAUGGCCAAGCCAGUCGUCCGCCGGAGGAAGACCCCUGCUCGAUCCUUGCCCAGCGGAGGUUCAACCACGAAAAGUGCUUCCUCACCGCCGCCGUCGAUGUCCGUCCUGCCCCUCUCGAUCACCCUUGGCUCGUCUCCGAGGAGGGAAAACCCGGCUCCGAUAGGAAAUCUCCCGUCUCCCCCGUCAUCCUCAUCCUCGUCGAUAAAUCCAAUAUCACGGGCGUCCCCGGCACCCUGGAUGCCUUCUGGUUCUUCUUCUACUCCUUCAACCUCGGUCCAACCGUCGCCAACAUUCACUUCGGAAACCACAUUGCAGACUGGGAACAUUGUAUGAUGAGGUUUGAGAAUGGCAGACCGAAAGCUGCGCAUCUCUCAGCCCAUGCGGACGGGAGAUCCUACACGUAUGAAUGUCUUGAGAAGCUCGGAGACGGUAAACGCCCCGUGAUUUUCUCUGCGCUUGGAUCUCAUGCAAUGUAUACCAAACCAGGCACCCACGAUUAUUCACCGGUGAAAUAUGUCGGCCCCACGGACCACACCGACAGAGGUCCGCUCUGGGACCCCACUUUAAACUUUGCUGCUUUUCAACAUUACCCGUCUCCAGCUCGGGACAAGUUCCGAGCCAUCGACGAAACUAAGGAUGGAAAACUGGUCCCUUGUUUGAAAUUCCGUGGACAGUGGGGAGACCAGUUCUCAAGUCCUCCAAUAAAUCCGCAUAAACCAGGGGGCUGGAUCGCGAAUAUGAACAUGCUUCAACCUGUGAAGAGGACAGUAUCUUUACAGAGCUUGCGAUGGGGUGAUGGAGUCACUGGACCCAGAGAUAAGGAUUUAGACCGAGCUGGGAUGAAUCGGUAUAGCAAUAAAAUUCAUACUUCCAUUUAA